AUGUCGAACCAAAUCUCAGAACUCUUUGCUCAAAUUGCUGCCCAACAGCGGGCUGCCGCUGCCACUGCCGCCGCCAAUCCAGUGUCAUAUAUCCCUCGUUCAAAGAAAGAAGAGAUCCGAGCACAGCUUGUUUUGAAGAUUUAUGCUAUCUGCCAUCCAAUGUCUGAUGACUCUGGAAACGGAGCGACGAAUCACUGGACUUUAUCAUUCGAUAUCGGCAAUGGACAUGGUGUCAGUCUAAACGCUCAGCCUAACCCUCAACAACCACCCCAUACGAGCGGCGGAGACAAAGCCCUCAUCACUGUAUCCGAGACGAAAUACGUUGUUCCGGUCGACGCUAUAAGAGAUGGCCUAAUCUCAGUUAUGCAUUCGCGUCCGGUCAGUUGGUAUAUCGAGUACCUGGCUUCGAAAGGGCGCUUCAGAUAUGCCUUCACCCCUGAAGGUGUCGGCUGCAGGCGAUGGUUAAUCGAUACUCUGAAGCUCCUGGCUGAUGCUGGAGAGGUCAAUAGCGCCGACUCCGAAACAGCAAGACAUUCUAUCGCAUAUCUAUGGCCUGAAAACCGCGCUGAUGAGCCCGCAAACGGCACAUAUUUCUAG